AUGCUGUUUUUCUCAUUGACGGCGGUCGCCCUGCGGUUUUAUGUCCGCAUCAAACUGCUGCGCUCGGUCAAGAGCGAGGACUGGACUAUGUUGGCUUCGAUGGUGGCGGGUAUCGCGUUUGGAGUUUUUAUGGUGCUCCAAGAAGAAAACGGCCUUGGGCGACAUACCCCACCUGGGCCAUCAGAAGAGUACACGGCGUAUCUCAAGUGGUCGUGGAUCGGCACGCUCUUCUACAACCUCAGCUUGGCCUUCACCAAGGUUUCCAUUCUCCUGCUGUACCUUCGCGUCCUGACACACGACUAUAUCCGCAAAGUGACCUGGGGCGCGCUCGGCAUCGUGGUCAUCUACAACACCUGGGCCAUCGCCAUGUACCUCACCAUGUGCGUCCCUAUCCAGAAGAAGUGGCUUCCGGAAAUAGACGGGUACUGCCACCCCGUGACGGUGUGGUGGGCUUUGACGUACAUUCACAUCAUCACCGAUUUCAUGAUCUUUGGGAUCCCCAUCCCGGUCGUCGUGGGCAUGACCAUUCCUUUGCGACAGAAACUGGGUCUUUUGGCCGUGUUUACGCUUGGCUCCUUCGUCUGCCUCAUUUCGGUGCUACGCGCCAUUUGGCUCAACGAAUUGUACCACCCAGGCGACAAGACAUGGGGCAUUGUCACCAUCGCGAACUGGUCCACGGCCGAGGUCAACGCCGCAAUCGUGUGUGGUUGCAUGCCCACCCUCCGGCCGCUCCUCGCCAAAGUCUUUGGGCCGAUGAUGGACCGCAUCAAGCCGCAGGAGAAUCAGCAGACCACGGGGGACCCGUCGAACCGGCCGAGAACCAUCGGGUCGAUGUCCCUGAACAUUUUCCGACUUGGACGAGGAGCUGCAUCCCGGGCGGGGCGGGGGUCAGUGCAUGUCGAGUCCGGCUUGUCCUGGACCCAGGGGACGACGCUGACGGUCUCGCAUCGGAGUAAUUUCAGCAAAACGACGCCCGGAAAUCUCGAUUCUGCUGUGGAGUUGUGUUCCUCUUCUUCGCUCUUCGCUUUCGGUGCGACUCUCAGGACUCCCCUCCCAGGCUCCCAGGUCUAG